UUUGUGUAAAUUUGGUUGGCUUUUGCUGGUUUGGUUGUGGAUGGUGGAUUUGAAGGUCCAUGCUUUAUGUGGGUUUGAUUCUGUUUCAUGUUUUGUGGUUGCAUGUGGUUUUUGAGAUCAUGAUCAUGGUGAUUGUGAUGAUUAUGAUGAUUUGGUUUUGGUAAAGUUGUGAACUGUUGUUGGUUUCUGGCCUUUUUGCUGUUUUGGGUGUGCUGCGUUGUCCUUGUUUUUUGGUGAAGGGUGUUCCUUCUAGCACAUUUUAAUUUUCUUUUGGCGAGUUUCGGGCUUUUCUUUUGGUUGUUCUUGUUUUGAACUGUUGCUCUGCUUGUGUUUCUGGGUGUUGAAGAUAAUACUUUGUGGGAUUGAGUGAGUAGUGGGAUGAGUGACUUGUUUGUUGUAGCUGAAAUAAGAAGGCUUCGUUUUGUUUUGGUUAUGUAACUGGGAUUGGUCUCCAAUUCUCAAGUCUCCCGUUGACUUGUUGCUAGUUAGUCUUGCAUUGAUCUGAUCCUGUUUUCCAUGAAAUCUUUGAUUUGAUUUAGGCCUACUGAUGUUGCAUGUAAUGGAAAGAUCUCUCUUUACCUGUACUUUAACAAAUUUUACAGGAUGGACACAUUGUUAGAGUUAGCAAUACCAACCCAGAACUUGGAAAAGAGGAUUUUCAAUCACAGUUCCAUCCAGUCAAUGCCCCUUAAUACUAAUUGCAUGUCGUGGAAGCCAAAUGAACAACAAGUUUCACCACCUUUAUCGAAGGAUGUGAGCUUCAAAAUGGAACUUCCACCACGACUUCAUCAUGAUGCAAAGCAUUUAGGCCUUCAACUACAAGGUGACCCUGGAUCAGGCACGGCACAGUCAGUUGGUCAAGCUCAAGGUCAAUGCCUUUCAUCUGAAUCUGGUGAGGAUGAUGCACGUGGCAAGGGUGUCGAAGGAACAAUGAAGCCUGCUUUCUUGAGUAAUACAGAUCUCAUGGCACAUCCUUCUCAAGUUGGUUACAGCAAUGUAGUGACUCAGUACCAUCCUUAUGCUGAUCCUUACUACGGUGGCUUCUUAGCUGCGUAUGGACCACAGGCUAUUACCCCUAUGGUUGGGAUGGCACCUCUGCGAGUUCCAUUGCCUCUCGAUCUUCAAGAAGACGGACCCAUAUAUGUCAAUGCGAAACAAUACCAUGGAAUCCUCCGCAGGAGACAAUCACGUGCAAAGCUGGAGGCUCAGAACAAACUUCUAAAAGCUCGAAAGCCAUAUCUUCAUGAGUCUCGGCAUCAACAUGCACUGAACAGGGUAAGAGGUUCUGGUGGACGUUUUCUCAGCAAAAAAGAGCUCCAACAGUACGAUCAGAACACAAACUGUAGCUCCAAUGAACAUGGCUCAGGUUCUAUCAACUUGCAUCAGAGAGAGGAUACACCAGAGAGAGAAAGUUAUCACUCGGAAAGCAGUGAUCUAGUCACUUCUGUUGCUAGUCACUCGGGCAUAACAAGUGUUUCCGGUACCAAUGGUAUGUUUCGGCUGCCAGACCACAGGUUCUCAGGUGGCAUGUCUCCCCACAUGAGUGGAGCCAUGCAAUUCAGUGGGAGGCAUAUGGGCGGUGGAAACCAGCACUGUACGUCUGUUGUCCGAUGAGAGGUGUGCACAAAUUGUGACCUACUCACCGGUUUGGCAAUUCAUCCUUGGCUUUGUCACUUUGACAUUCUACAUUUCUCUCGUGGAAGUGGCAUGUUAUAGAUCCUGUAAUGUAAGGGGGGUCUUAGUAUUGCGUCUUUUUAUCAUGAAAUCCUGAAACUACAGCACAUGGGAUUUCUGUUUUAAUUAUAGAUCUGUGUAUCUGAUCAAAACAAGUUUGGUUAUUACUAGUCAGAUUCUGGUACUGUUCUCAUCACA